AUGCAUAUUCAAGCGUCAAAUGAUGCAAAAACUACGUUUUUAGAUCACUUAAUCGACCAAUCAAAUCAUAUUAAUCAUAAUGACCUCAAGUAUCAAUCGCCCGAAUUUUCGGUAGAUUAUCUAGUUAUUGGAGGUGGAGUGGUAGGACUCGCUAUUGCUAAUAGAUUAUCUCGUCGAAAUCAUCGUAAGACUUUGCUUGUCGAGAAAAACGCGUCUUCCCGAAAUAGUGAAGUUAUUCAUGCUGGGUUAUAUUAUCCAAAUGAUUCUUUGAAAACGCGUCUUUGCAUCCGUGGAAAAGAACUACUUUAUUCCCUCUUAUCCUCAACAUCACAUAUUCCAUAUCGACGUGUCGGCAAAUGGAUAGUAUCCGAAGACGAAUCACAAACGGAAUAUUUACAGAAUUUGAAAAAGAAAACCGAUUUACUAGGCGUGGAGACCUAUUUUCUGUCAAAACACGAACAAGAAAAACAGGAGCCUGACGUUAGAGCGCAUGAAGUUUUGGUCUCCCCAACUACUGGUAUUUUUGAUUCCCACGCGUAUAUGAGAUGGAUGGAAGCAAAUAUUAGGGAACAAGAUGGGGAUUUGGCAUUGCAUUCUCAAGUUGUUGGGAUUGAAAAAGAUCAUAGUGAAUAUAAAGUAGAGAUUGCGAAUUCUACCGAUCAAUCAUUGACAAACUCUACAAUUAUUUCCGCAAGGAUAGUUGUUAAUGCGGCAGGAUUACACGCAGAUAAAAUAGCAAAUAUGAUACUACCCACCCCUUCAAUUUACAAAAUAUAUUACGUUAAAGGUCAAUAUUAUACUUGUCGUGGCCGUAGUGUUAAUGUCAACCGUUUAAUUUACCCUGUUCCACCAAAAAAUCUCGCCAAUCUUGGAAAUCAUUUAAUUUUGGACCUUGCUGGAAGAAUGAAAUUUGGUCCUGAUGUGCAAUACGUUGAUAAUCCUUAUGAUUAUGACAUUGUCGAUGAUGAAGAUUACAAAGAACAGUUUUGUCGAACUAUAAACUCUUAUCUGCCGAAGAUCCGAAAAGAUGCAUUAUUUGCAGAUUAUACAGGGAUCCGACCAAAACUGCAAGCACCUGGAGAACCUUUUCGAGAUUUUAUUAUCCAAGAGGAAACCAAGUAUGGGUUAGAAGGCUUCAUUAAUUUGAUUGGAAUUGAAAGUCCUGGACUCACUUCUUCAUUGGCGAUUGCUGAAAUGGUAGCAGAUGAAAUUUUAGCUGAUAGGUAG